AUGCUCUUAGAGAAAGGCAACGCGGAGAACCGGUUAUCAAGGUUCCUGAUUCGUCAGAACCGUCGAUUUGCGGUGACCCUGGUUUCACGGUCGUCGAGAAAACUGCGUGGUACUAGCGGGACGUGGUCUAACACAGACUCUAUCGGAAUGCUCGUCAUGGGCGGCAGCGGCACGUCUGGUGCGCUCCGCUUCACUGGGGAGGAGUUCCUCGUGACGACAGGCAUCCACAACUACAAUGUGCAGUGCAACGCCGUCACCGAUCGCGCGCAUGGAGACACGGGCUUGAAGAUCCACAUCGAGUACUAG